CCUCCGGCGGUGAAUGAGCCCCGGCCGCCAUCUUGUUAAACGGCAGAGGAGAAGAGCAGCAGAGAUGGCAGACUACAGCAGCGUGGCUCCCCCGUCCUCCAACUCUGGCGGUGGCAUGAAUGACGCUUUUAAAGACGCACUUCAGCGAGCAAGACAGAUUGCAGCAAAGAUUGGCGGGGAUGGCGUUGCGGCACCCCAAAGCAGCGACUUCGGCUACGGAGGGCAGAAAAGGCCCCUGGAGGACGCUGGUGGGUAUUUUCCCAUGCCUAACCUGGAUAUCGAUCAACCAGAGACGAAGAAAGUAGCUACAAAUGAUGCCUUCUCAGCCAUGGCUGGAAUGGGCGGCCCAUCCAGAUCAUCUUCUGAGGAGUUUAAGGUUCCUGAUGGAAUGGUCGGAUUCAUUAUUGGAAGAGGAGGUGAACAGAUAUCACGGAUUCAGCAGGAGUCUGGGUGUAAAAUACAGAUAGCUCCUGACAGCGGAGGAAUGCCUGAAAGAUCUGUGACUUUAACAGGACCACAAGACUCGAUUCAGGCUGCUAAGCGGCUUCUGUCAGAGAUUGUAGAGAAGGGCCGUCCAGCUCCAGCGUUUCACCAUAACGACGGACCAGGAAUGACUGUCCAGGAAAUUAUGGUACCCGCCUCCAAAGCUGGACUUGUCAUUGGAAAAGGGGGAGAAACCAUCAAAAGCCUACAAGAAAGAGCUGGAGUUAAGAUGGUCAUGAUCCAAGACGGGCCGCAGAACACGGGUGCAGACAAACCGCUCCGGAUCUCCGGAGAGCCUUUUAAAGUUCAACAAGCUAAAGAGAUGGUGAUGGAGCUGAUCAGAGAGCAGGGCUUCAGGGAGCAGAGGGGAGAGUACGGUUCGAGGGUCGGAGGGGAAAGCUUAGAUGUUCCCGUCCCACGUUUUGCAGUGGGAAUCGUCAUUGGAAGAAACGGGGAGAUGAUCAAGAAAAUACAGAACGACACAGGAGUCAGGAUCCAGUUCAAGCCAGAUGACGGGAGCGCCCCCGACAGGAUAGCACAGAUCAUGGGGCCCCCCGAUCAAGCUCAGCAUGCCGCAGACAUCAUUGCAGACCUGCUGCGCAGCGUCCAGUCUGGAGGACCCCCGGGACAUGGAGGUGGUAGAGGACGCGGUCGGGGGCAGGGAAACUGGAACAUGGGCCCCCCUGGUGGCCUGCAGGAGUUUACCUUCACAGUUCCGACCAUGAAGACGGGGCUCAUCAUUGGGAAAGGCGGUGAGACCAUCAAGGGAAUCAGCCAGCAGUCUGGAGCUCGCAUCGAGCUGCAGAGGAAUCCGCCGCCCAACUCUGACCCCAACAUCAAGAUGUUCACUGUGAGAGGCUCCCCUCAACAGAUCGACUACGCCAGGCAGCUGGUGGAGGAGAAAAUCGGGGGUCCUGUUACUCCGAUGGGUGGCCCACAUGGUCCUCCUGGCCCACACGGAGGACCAGGCCCGCACGGCCCUCCAGGGCCCCCUGGACCCCCAGGGGGACCCAUGGGUCCGUAUAACCCUGGACCGUACAACCAGGGCCCUCCAGGACCACAUGGUCCUCCAGCUCCUUAUCAGCCUCAGGGGUGGGGUAAUGGCUAUCCCCACUGGCAGCAAGGACAGCCUGAUCCAAAUAAAGCAGCCGCAGACGCCAAUGCAGCCGCAUGGGCAGCUUACUACGCUCAGUACGGCCAGCAGCCGCAGGCCUCCAUGACUCCGACCAGCGGCGCCCCCGGCACCGCUCAACCCAACGGCCAAGGUGACCCACAGGCUGCAGGUCAGAGUGGACAAACAGAUUACACCAAGGCCUGGGAGGAAUAUUACAAGAAAAUGGGUCAACAGAGCCAGCAACCUCAAGACUACACAAAAGCCUGGGAGGAGUAUUACAAGAAGCAAGGUCAAGCAGCCCCUCAGGCCACACCUCCAGCAGCGGCGGCGGCGGCAGCAGGCUCUCAGCCCGGAGGCCAGCCUGACUACAGCGCUGCCUGGGCAGAGUACUACCGGCAACAGGCUGCGUACUACGGUACAGCCAAUCCUCAGGCAAUGGGUGCAGCACCACAAGCUCCUCAGGUACACCCCCGAUAACAAGCCGUCCUCCAUAUUGACUGGAACUAAAUGUUGGUAGCAUAACCCCGCCUUCCCCCCUCAGGUUUUUACAGGGAUCCAGUGACUACCGCGUCCUGAUAAACCUAACCACAGCCUUCCUUCCUGUACAGGUGUUUGUUUUAUUUUUGGAAGCUGAGUCAACUGUUUCUGCUGUUAACAUGCAAUGUAUUUUCUAUGUAUUUCUUUUGCACAGGGCCAGUAAUGUGAAGUGGACAUAAAGUAAAUGCUACAUUGUCGAAACAAAAUCCUUUGUUAAAUGUUUGGAUGCAGACGCCUUCAAGAUCUUAAAUUUCCUUGGUUUGAAAGUGUUUCACGUAGAUGGCAGAUUUCCCGGCGAACACGUCCUCUGAUUUUCUUCUGUUCUUCCUUUUUCUUGUAAAUGCUUUGUUUUUAGUGAGGUAACUAUACAUAUGGUCAUUCCAGCCUUGUAUCUACAUUCAAUGUGGUUAGAACUCAUGUUUAUUAAACUGUAGACAUUACCAUGUAAAUCAUCUCAGUUUUAAAAAUGCUGUUGCCUGCUGUGUUUUUGCAAUAAAGCAAACUGAAACCUCCUGUGUUGGUAAGUUGGGAAAGGGCUGGGCUGAACUGUUCUGUAUGUUUUUGUUUGACUGGGAAGUGUGUGGGGGGGGGUUCAGAUGUCUGAAGACGGUUAUUUUGGAAGUUGUGCUCUCCUGUCUCUCUCCAACUGCCUCUAAGGCUCAUAGUACGAUUUGUGCGAUGAUCGCCGUCAACUAAUCGUUUGAUGAACUCUGAUGUUACUGUCCUGACUGUAGCAGUAGAGCGUUUAUCCUGAGAUGGUUGACAUGUAUCUGUGACAAAUUCCAUGCAUUGACUGCGUUGCAGUGGCACUCUUUUUGUCUAUAUUGCUGAGCUAGAGUGCACUGUUUGCCUUGAUAGUCUCCUCUUCCACAGGCAAGUGUAGAAAAAAGCGGUAAGCAGGUAUUCUGAACAUGUUCGUGAGAAAUGUGGUUUUAAAGAAAUGUCCCAUAUUUUUUUAGUGUUAUUUCUGUCUGCUGUUCUUUCUCCAGGACAGUCAGGUAAAUGGCCAAUGUAUAAGCAAAUGUCUCUCCAUGCCCAUUUCCAGAUGUGUGCACAUUUGUUUUCUUUUUUUUUUUUUUAAAGAAUGUUUUUUUAAUAUAAAAACAUUGCAAAAAUCAUCUUUGCUCUGCCCAUUCUGUUAGUGUUUAUUCAAUAUAAGAACAUAGUUGUUGUAGGGUCGUGGGUGGCUAAGCAGCCUCUUCAGCCGUCACUCCUGUAAUGUAAGUACAAACAUGACUGAGAAAUCGUCUCUUGAUGCUUAUCAACUGCUAAAGAUGUAGUACAUAUAUAUUAUAUAUAUAUUUGUCAAAUUGCCAUUUCUUGUUUUUUUGGGUAAGUAUGCCAUGUUCUGAGCGGAGGCGUUCUCCUGUGAUGUUCUGGUAGCAUUUCAGAGUUUAGGGUUUACAUGUCAGUGAUCUAAAGGAUGUGGUGUCGCGCUCUUUCCUAUUUGACCUCGAGGUGCCAUAUUUCAGACUUGUGGAGAACAUGCCAUGCGUCGCAGCACUUUCUGAACUGCAUAACUCCAGCCAGCGUAGCAUGCUUAGGCCUCUGCUGAUGUUCCUCCAUGUAAGCAUGUGGAAUGCUGGUAGUGGAAGUGCUUUGUAGCUCAGGAACAACAUUAUGAAACAUGAAAGUGGGAUUAUGUGACUGCAUUGUUCACUGAUGGCAAACAGUUGCGAUUAUAUCUGAUCUUUGCAGUGUCUUCCCAGACCUUGCACCUUAGGUUCUGCUGCAAUAACACAGGUAAGCGAAACCUAAGGAAACACGUAUAUUCUGUUGAGUGACAUGACCCAUUGAAUUGCAAAGAAAUGCUUACCUGUGUUGUCAACCUGCCUCAAUGCAUUACUGCCUAGUGUGAAGAAUAGUGACGGAUAUUAACUGAAGACCAGUUCUUUUUUAAAUGUGCUGUCAUUUAUGAACUGCAUGAUGACUUGUUACAAAACACUGAUUCUUUAAAUGUGACGCCCCCCCUCAGAAAACGUCCAAAUAUCUAUCAUACUGUAAGCUUUACUUGUGUACCUGGUAAGUGAUUGUGAAAGGAUCCUCGUGGUUGCCUCUGGUGUUGACUGCAUGCUCUGCAAAUCUGUUGCCACAAGUUAGCAAUGUGUUGCAAUGCUAGGAGAGGACGGGUGCCAUACAUGACCAUGCUGUUCUCUGCGGUGGUGCGGUACAAAAUGUGCUACUGAAACGCUGCUGCCUUCUUGCUCACAGUGUUGGAGGAUGCUGCAGGCUUAGGUCGUAGAAUCAGGCCGUGUCGUAGUUUGUCUCCCCCUCCCCACACAAACGGAGUCAGUCCCACUGCUGAACGUAGACCGUUCAAGAGCUCCAGUCAUAAGGUAAAGCAGCAACGCAUUCAAAUUUAAAGUCUGUGAUUGCAAAGUUGUGGUCAGAUACAUGUUUUUCCCGUCUGGAUUGUGUGACUACUGUACUCUACAGUGACGGUUGGAUGAGAGCAGGAACCAAUGUACUUCAUUGGCACAUGCAAAUACGGACUUUAUUUGAUUUGAGUUCUGUUAGGUUGACCUGUGUGUGUGAAAAGCUCAGACAGUUGGGAGGGGGGUGUAGAGGACACAAGGAGCAUGCCUUAGAGGUACACAAGGUUUCAUGUGCUGUGUAUAAAUCUGUUUUUAAAGAACUUUUUAAUUGUUCUGUUCAAUAAAGUUGUUAUGAAAUGUG